AUGGAGGCAAAAACCAAGGAAUAUCAGCAGGUGCAAGUCACCAAGCCUACCAGCCCUAUUAAUACUGCAACAAAGAAGCCGGUUGCCUCAUGGGUACACCUGCUGGCAGGCGCGACCGGUGGAUUCGCGACUGCCAUUGUGACAUCGCCUCUUGAUGUCUUGAGGACACGCCUUCAGUCCGACUUUUAUCAAACUUCAAGCCACUCCAACCACUCUCUCCAAACACCCCAACCGCAUCACGGAUCGAAUCAUAAAACGAUACGAAUCAUAAGCUCAAUAUAUCGCGCCGAAGGAUGGCGCGCGUUUUUCCGAGGUCUUGGACCGAGCGUCGCCGGUGUGGUCCCCGCAACUGCGAUCAAAUUCUACGUCUAUGGAAAUUGCAAACAUAUCGGAGCCAAACUCCUGGGCCGAGCGGAAGACUCUCCUCUUGUUCAUGCGCAGGCAGCAAUUUGCGCCGGCCUUGCGACCUCGACCGCCACAAACCCAAUCUGGUUGAUUAAGACCAGACUCCAACUCGACAAAACACAAACACAUGCCAGCGGGUCUUCCACCCGCCAAUACCGCAAUAGCAUAGACUGCGUCAGACAAACUCUGCGCAAUGAAGGAAUCCGCGGUUUCUAUCGGGGAAUGAGCGCAAGUUAUCUUGGCUCAAUUGAGACGGCUCUACACUUGGUGCUCUAUGAACGUUUGAAAACCAGCCUGCGCGACACAUUGAAGCCUUCUGAGGGUAACCAUACUCCUCUCUGGGAUGAGAUUUCACACUGGGUUAGCACCAGUGGAGCCGCAAGUUCUGCAAAGCUGAUCGCGGGCUUAACCACUUACCCCCAUGAGGUCAUGCGAACCCGACUACGCCAGGCUCCGAUGGAAAAUGGCCGACCUAAAUACACCGGCUUGGCGCAAUGCUUCCGAACCAUUGCCAAGGAAGAAGGCAUGGCUGGCUUGUACGGCGGUCUUGCCCCUCAUAUGCUUCGAUCUUUGCCAUCGGCCAUCAUCACUCUUGGCGUCUAUGAAUUUGUGCUGAGGAUCACUGGCAGCUAG